AUGUCAUCACGCCGGUCAAUCUACUUCAACCCCGCGGCAGCAAAUGAGAGCAGCGCCUCCCCGCAAAUCGAAGGCCUAACAUCAUUCCACCAAUCAUUCCCCAACUAUGCCCCAACUCCAUUAGUCCAACUCCCAGAACUCGCAGCUGAGCUAGGCGUUGCAAACGUCGUCGUGAAAGACGAGAGUAACCGGUUCGGCCUACCAUCAUUCAAAGUUUUGGGCGCAUCAUGGGGCUGUUUCCGAGCGAUUGCAGAGCACCUCGACCUGCCCUCUACGGUUUCACUCGAUGAACUUUCAAACCGAGCAAAAGAAGCCUCGAUUGUCUUGACGACAGCCUCGAUGGGAAACCAUGGACGGGCAGUUGCGUUCAUGGCUCGACUCCUUGGUAUCGAGGCGCGGAUCUUUGUUCCUCAGUCUUUGAACCAGUGGACUCGGGAUCUUAUCGCCGGGGAGGGGGCUCGGUUGCUCGUUGUUCAGGGCGAUUAUGAUCAGGCGGUGCAGGAGGCUGUGGAUGAGACGCGUGUGGGACAGGGUGUACUUCUCAUUCAGGAUACGGCGUUUGAGGGGUAUGAGGAUGUUCCUACGUGGAUCGUGGAGGGAUACUCUACUAUGAUGCGCGAAGUCCAAAAUGAACUUGCUCGGCUUGGUCUGUCGGGUAGUGUGAUGAUCACACCUGCUGGCGUGGGCAGCCUUGCGCAUGCCGUCGCGAAACAUUGCAAGUCGCAGGCCACACCUAUGUCUGUAGUUGCUGUCGAGCCUGACACAGCUGCAUGUUUAUCUUCUAGCUUGAGUGCUGGAAAGCCGGUUACUGUGCAAACUUCUUCCACAAUCAUGGAUGGCAUGGACUGCGGCACAAUAUCUUCUACUGCCUGGCCCGAUAUGCAGCGUCUGGUUGAUGCCUGCGUCACCGUCUCAUCCUAUGAGAGCCACCGCGCCGUGCAGUAUCUAACUUCCAACUCUGUGGCAGCUGGGCCAUGUGGAGGUGCAUCGUUGGCUGCACUGCGGCGAUUGGCUGUAUCAAAGGAGGCUAAGUCAAUUCUGAACAAGGAUUCUGUGGUCAUUCUUCUCAGCACUGAAGGUGCGCGCGAGUAUCCAGUCCCCAAAGACGUCUCUGUUGACGAUGUCGUGGGCUUAACUCAAACUCUCACUCAAAUCAACUCUUCCAACCCGACCUUGUCUGUAACAGACGGAGUGGGUGAGACCGAAAUCGCACACUAUCUCGUUGCCUGGUUCGCCCAUCGAGAUAUCGAGUAUCACUGGAUUGAGAAGGUCGCUGGACGACCAUCCAUUGUGGGAGUAUUGCGAGGCAGCGGAGGUGGCAAGUCUCUCAUGUUCAACGGCCACACAGACACCGUCAGUCUCUCCAGCUAUGAGGCAGAUCCCCUGUCCGGGUCUAUUGGAACCAAGAAUGGCAAAGAGGUUGUCUUUGGUCGGGGCUGCCUCGACAUGAAGGGCGGUUUGGCUGCCGGGUUAGCAGCACUCGCAGCAACCAAAGCUAGCGGCCGCGUACCUCGGGGCGAUGUCAUUGUGGCUGCAGUAUCAGACGAAGAAGAUGCCUCACAGGGAACACAGGAUGUCAUUGAGGCUGGUUGGCGUGCUGAUGCCGCUGUACUCCCCGAGCCAACCCAAGGCGCAAUCCUUACUGCCCACAAAGGAUUCGUGUGGGUUGAAGUUGAUAUCCUAGGAGUUGCUGCGCAUGGAUCCGACCCUGCAUCAGGAGAAGAUGCCAUCCUGUAUGCCGGAUCCUUCUUACAGUCUUUGGAGAAGUACCAAUCUCAGCUGCCAGUAGACGAUCUCCUGGGUCAGGGUUCUUUACACUGUGGCUUGAUUCGGGGUGGCGAAGAGCCUUCAUCCUAUCCAGACAAGUGCACUAUCACUGUCGAAUUCCGCACUGUCCCAGCUCAAACGGAAGAGUCAAUCCUAGGAGACAUCAGCGCCCUGCUGAAGGAAAUUGGACAGCAGAAGCCUCGUUUCAAAUACGCCGAGCCGCGCAUUACGAUGUCGCGCCCUACACAGAAGGUGGCAGCUGAUCAUCCGUUCGUGCAGAAGGCGAUUGCUUGUGCCUCUGCUGUGCUGGGGAGCAAUCCUGUCGUUAAGGCUGGCCCGUUUUGGACUGAUGCGGCCUUGCUCGGUGCUGUUGGUAUCCCAUCCAUUGUGUAUGGCCCGGCAGGGGAGGGGCUGCACGCUAAGGAGGAAUGGGUGGAAGUUGAGAGUCUUCAACAGUUUGAGAUGGUGUUUACUCGGCUUGUCCAGGACUUUUGUCAUUGA